AACAAGAUUGCUUCGUUUCCGAGUUGGGGAUUCUGUAUUUCAGCAUUGAACCGUUAUUGUAACCCCAUUCGGAGGAAGUUAAACAACUCAAUGCGUGGUAGUGAAUGCACGUACAAAGUAGCCUCGGCCUGCUGAGUCGUGCGUUUUUACUUUUAUUUCAGUGUUAAUAAACAUGGCUCCAGAAGUUGUCUAGGUCUGACUCGUCGGUGCGACGGAUACGAGCGAAGAGGAUCCAGACGCCUACAAGACAUUACUCACAAGGCGCAGCCCAGACGGUGCGGAUCGCAGGUUGUGAAACUACUUUAGGCUACUGCGCAAUAUUUCACAUUCUAAUAGGGUUGACGCAAAUGUGGCAUAUCUCCUUCAUGGUGUCUACAGGAUGAGCAUGCACUGCGCUGGGAAGUUUGGUGGAAAAUGAAACAUGUCAGCCCACGGACUGCUGAACGUUUUCUCUUGCUCUUCAUCAGCAUCCAAAUACACAACUAAAAGGAAACUACGGCAGACUCGAAGUUUAGAUCCAGCAUUGAUAAGAAACGAUGGGACAGAUUCAAACGGGUUGCCAGGAUAUCCUGUUGAGGCAAAGUUACACUAUUUUGCUUCACAAACAGGUGGUUUGUCGUCUCUCCAAGCGUCCUCCGAGAACCUCACGGCGAGUCCAGCGGUGUCGCGCGCCAAGACAGCGCGAGUGAAAGCGCAUCAUUCGUCGUCAAGUUUGUUUCCAUCCUCGGAGUCGUCGUCGCUGUUUGAUUUCGGCUCAGAUUAUGAAGGCAAGACCUUAAAACGAAGUGUUGGAGAUCUGACGCUUCUUCGGUCCUCAACACCAACAGGAUGCUCGAGCACUCUGUUUUCACCCCGAAAGUGGCUUCAGAAAAAGCAACACCACCAGAACACGCCGUCGUACACGGUGUACCACUCAGAGGGUGAUUUCACCUGGAGUAGUGCCUCGGGGCGCUCCGUGUGUCUGCAGCCCUCCCCCAUACAGAGUCUGUCGGAGUUGGAGCGGGUUCGACUGCAGGAGGUGGCCUUCUGUCAGCUGACACAGGACUACGACCUGGCCUGCCAAAUCACAAUACCCAAAGGUGCAAACGAUUGUCAAAAACGGAAGAAGUCCUUGAGGAAAAAGUUUGACUCCAUAGCCAAAGAGAAGAGUAAAGACAAAGAGUUUGUGCCCCAGGCUUUCGGCAUGCCGCUCUUGCAGGUGAUUGCCAACGACCGCGCGCACAAGCAGCGGCAUGACGGCCAUCGAGGAGAGGAGCACCGAGACACCUCCACCGCCACCACCACCACCUCCUCCUCCUCCUCUGACCUGUUCUCCUCCAUCCUGCCCUUCACCUCCAAGCGGCCCAACAAGGAGCUGUCCAGCAGCAACUCCUCCCUCAGCUCCACCUCCGAGAGCCCCAGCGACGGCACCAGCGUCACCCCGGGCACCCCGGAGGCUGGACCCCGCGCUCGCCGACGGGGAGGGAUGUCUGUGGACUGCAUCACGGACCUGGACGACAGUGACUCGCGGCUGCUGGAGGCCCUACAGCUCUCCCUGCCCGCCGAGCCGCCCAGCAAGAAGGAGAAGCAGCGGGACAAGAAGCUCAGCCUCAACCCCAUCUACAGGCAGGUGCCCCGCGUGGUCGACUGCUGCUGCCAGCACCUGGAGAGAUUCGGUUUGCAGACAGUUGGGAUUUUCAGAGUGGGAAGCUCAAAGAAGCGGGUGAGACAGCUACGAGAGGAAUUCGACCAGGGCAUAGACGUGCAGCUGGAGGAGGAGCACAGCGUCCAUGACGUGGCCGCGCUGCUGAAGGAGUUCCUGCGUGACAUGCCUGACCCGCUACUCACCAAAGAGCUGUACACGGCAUUCAUCAACUGCAUGUCUCUGGACCCAGCGGAGCAGACUAGCUGUAUGCAGCUGCUCCUCUACCUGCUGCCCGCCUGCAACUGCGACACUCUGCAUCGCCUCCUGGAGUUCCUGGCCACAGUAGCGGCCCACGCAGACGACUCCCACAGCACAGACGGACACGAGGUUCCAGGCAACAAGAUGACCUCUCUGAACCUGGCCACCAUCUUUGGCCCCAACCUGCUCCACAAGCAGAAGAGCUCGGAUAAAGAAUUCGUCGUGCAGAGCUCCGCCCGGGCAGAGGAGAGCACCACCAUUAUUGGCAUCGUCCAGAGAAUGAUCAACACGUACGAGGCUCUUUUCACGGUGUCCCCUGAGCUGCAGCACGAGGUGUUGAUGAGCCUGCUGGAGACCGACCCUGACGUGGUGGACUACCUGCUGAGGAGGAAAGCGGCGCAGUCAGAAAGCCCUGGCCCGCUCCGCUCGGAGGACUCCUUGUCCCUGAGUGAGAGGCACUCCUGCAGCGACUCCAACGUGGCCUCCAGCGGCGAGGUGUCCCCUUAUGACAACAACUCCCCCGUGCUCUCCGACCAGCUGCUGCUGCCCCCAGAGCUGUGUGAAGACAACAGCAGCGGCAGCAGCAGACUCCCCAACAAGCCUGACAAGCUCUUCCUAGAGGGGCCGGUCCGAGGGAGGCUAGGGCAUCCCAGCCACACAGCAGCAGCCUCUGGCACAGCCAAAAAUGAAGACGCACAGUCAUACUUGUGGGGAACUUGGCAUGCAUCACUGAAGACAGGAUUGAAAGAUCACAACUCAGGCUCUCAGGGGAACGUGUCCCAGAGCUCCCUGGGAGGCUCCUCGGAGGGUCUGGACAGCCAGCAGCAGCGUGUCUGCGCGAAGCCGCCCCUGCGACGCCUUCUCACCUCCCAAGCGCUGGCCGAGUUGCGGACCCAUCACCACGCCCCGCUCACGCGAGCCAGCAGCAGCCCUCAGUCAGGCGCCUGGCCCAGCCCCGCCCCCAGCCCCGUCCCCGGCCAACCCAUGUGCAGCAGUCACCAUGAGACCCGCAGCCAACCGGCGUCAGGCAGCUUAGACGACAUCAGAGGCCGCACCGCCAGACCUCCUCACACGGCAAGAGCGACAUGUGGCGGCCGACCGGAGAGCAGACCGUCUUAUCUUUACUCAGCGCAGUGCAGGAGUAACGCCGCUCCUCCUCCUUCCCCACUGUCGCUAUCGUCUACACACUCCCCAAGUUCUCCGUCCACUCUGUCCCCACUGAACAACAACAACACCCCAGGCCCCCAGACGGAGGCGUCAGGAAGUCCGUCCACCCCCAGGGGCCACAACGGCCCCAGCACAGACUCUCCGGAGUGGCAGCAGGAAAAGUGGCAGAUAUGGCAGCUGCUCUCCACAGACAAUGCAGACACAUUUCCUGAGACUCUAGUGUGACACUGUCACUCACUGCCAUCGGCCCUCGGGGCCUUUCGCCUAGCUGCGUAGCACAUGGCUCCAAAACUGUUCUAGUAUACCCGGUGCUUCGUGGCGAAAGAUGUAGAUAGUUGUGAAUGUUUUCUUGCUUUUUUUGUACCCACCUGCCAAGAGAUCGUUUCACUCUGCUCCAUUUAAACAUACCUCAGCUUUAAUAUCCAGUAUAUUUUUUUGUCAACUCUUUAAAAUCCCUCCAGUUGCAUAUCAGACAAAUUCGUGUUGAAAACAUUUCUUUUAUAUUAAUCAAAAAUGUAUCCGCUAUUUAUCAUUUUUGACCUAUUCACCACUAUAUGGUUGUACAAUCCUACAGUAAUCACAGGAAAAUUCACAUACCAAAGAAUGACAGUGAUGUACUGUCAGAAAGAUGGAACUGACCCAAUUGAAUGUAAGCUAAAUGCAGUAUUUUGGUACUAUUUUUAUACCUAGCUUCACUGUUUCUUUAUGUUUAUGGUGUGUGUGUGUGUGUGUG